CUUCCGACACUCAGUGCAGCUCCGACUGCCUCGGUCUUCUGUCCACGCUCCUUCCUCCAGCUACUGCCUGCAGCCAUGUCCUGCACCCGCGUAGCGCUGGUGACCGGGGCCAACAAGGGCAUCGGCUUCGCCAUCACCCGCGACCUCUGCCGGCGGUUCUCGGGGGACGUGGUGCUCACGGCGCGGGACGAGGCGCGAGGCCGGUCGGCGGUGCAGCAGCUGCAGGCCGAGGGCCUGAGCCCGCGCUUCCACCAGCUGGACAUCGACGACCUGCAGAGCAUCCGCGCUGUGCGAGACUUCCUGCGCAAGGAGUACGGGGGGCUCGACGUGCUGGUCAACAACGCAGGCAUCGCCUUCCAGAGGGGAGAUCCCACACCCUAUCAUAUUCAAGCGGAAGUGACAAUGAAAACAAACUUUUUUGGUAUCCUGAAUGUCAGCGCGGAGCUGCUCCCUCUCAUAAGACCCCAGGGCAGAGUGGUAAACGUAUCAAGCACAUUGAGCCUUGCAGCCCUUAAGAACUGCAGCCCAGAGCUGCAGCAGAAGUUCCGAAGUGAGACCAUCACUGAAGAGGAGCUGGUGGCGCUCAUGAACAAAUUUGUGGAAGAUAUAGACAGUGGAGUGCACGAGAAGGAAGGCUGGCCCAACUCUACAUAUGGGGUGUCCAAGAUCGGCGUCACAGUCCUGUCCAGAAUCCACGCCAUGAAACUGAGUGAGGAGAGGGGAGGAGACAAGAUCCUGCUGAAUGCCUGUUGCCCAGGGUGGGUGAGAACUGACAUGGGGGGACCCUCAGCUACCAAAAGCCCAGAAGAAGGAGCAGAGACCCCUGUGUACUUGGCUCUGUUACCCCCAGAUUCUGGGGGGCCUCAUGGACAGUUUAUUUCGGAGAAAAAACCCGAACAAUGGUGAACUCAACUCACCUCCACCCAUGGUCCCAUUUUGUACCAUGGCCUAAUGUGACCCAAAGCACAUUUACACUGUGCAGAAUAUCCCUUUCCAAGAAAAAAAAAAUCGAAAUCACCAGGUUAGUACUAAUCGACUGCUAAUCUAAUGGAGUAAGCUACUCACUGAGUGAAUGCUAAUUGUAUGAAAUCAUUUUGAUAUCCUCUGUGAUAUAGGGAGAGAAAAGGGAAAAUUUCUGGAAAUAAAUUCAAAUCAAUAGGUUAAUA